AUGAAACGAUCAUUCGAAGAAGAAUGCGAAAAUGAUGAUUUAGCUGAAAGAAUCGCUUUAUCUUGUUAUAAUCAAUAUAAUCUAUUAUCAUCUCGUGGAAAACCUUCAUCAAAUGAAUGGACACAUUUAGCAGGUUUUGUUGGUGUUGAAGAUGAUAAUAAUAUUCGUGUUCUUUCAAUUGGUACAGGAACAAAAUGUUUAGGUGGUGAAAAAGAUGAACGUGGUACACAAGGUUGUUUAUUACAUGAUAGUCAUGCUGAAGUUAUUGCACGAAGAUCUUUAAUGAAAUUUUUUUAUGAAGAAAUUCUUAAUGAAAAUAAUUCGAUAUUAAUUAAACAAGAAAAAAAUAAAUUUUAUUUAAAUAAAUCUAUUCGUCUUUAUUUAUUUGUUUCCUAUCCACCUUGUGGAUCAGCUGCAUAUUUAUCUGAUCCAAUAAAACGACCAAAAUUUGAACAUAAAUCAUUAAAUUCAUCAGGAGAAGAACUUUAUUUAAAACCAGGCAAAGGUUAUGCGACAACAAGUCUUUCAUGUACAAAUAAAAUUAAUCGAUGGAUUUAUCAAGGAAUUGAAGGAACUCUUUUAAAUCAAUUUAUUAUUUCACCAAUUAAUUUAACAAGUUUAAUUAUUCAAACAAAUACGAAUUUAUCUUCAAUAUUUAAAAAUAUAUCUGUUAAAUCUGUGAAUAAACCAUUUGAAUAUGAUCCAUCAUCUGAAAGAAUUCGUCCUUGUCCAAUGUCUAUUGCUUGGUGGUCCGGCCUUGAUAUAUCUUCUUCUGUAAUUACAGUUGAUGGACAUUCAUUAGGACAAAUUAGAAAAUUAAGACAUAAACAACAAUAUGCAAGUCCAAUAGCUAAAUGUUCGUUAUUUAAACUUUAUCUUCAAUUAAUGGAGAAUUUGUCAUCGACAACAAUAACCUAUGCAGAAGCUAAAGCUCUUUCGUCAAAUUCAUUGAGAAAUCAAUUUAUCUUAAAUAAUCCUCAAUGGACAACAACUGAUCCAAAUAUUUUUUAUUCAUUUACUCUCACUUCUACGUAA